AUGGCGCCUGUCGAAGUCCCCCCACAAGCUCGCCCUGGAUCUUCAGGUGGCGUCUCCAAAGAGCGUUUCUUUCGCUACUUCCAGCAUGAAGUCAUUGCCCUCCAAGCCCAAAUGUCCCGCCUCUCUUCGACCUCACCCACCGAACGCCCCGACGCAAUUGACCACUGCCUCGCCGGCAUAUCGCGCCUCUCCUCCGAAGUCAAGGACGCCUCGUCCUAUAUCCCGGCAUACGACCAGCGCACCUACGGCGACGCCAUCAAAGCCCUGCAAGAGAAACUUCAAAACACGAGAAACGAAUUGGGUGCUGGCCCGAAGAAGUUCAAGUUCACGACCAAGAAGAAUAAGAGCGCGAUUAGCAUUGGGGAGGCGGCCGAGUUAGCACAGAAUAAGAGGUUGUUGGGGCCGGGAGGUGGCGCGUGGGAUAGUUCCAAGGAGAGCAGUGCGGUGAACAGUGCGUUUAGUCCGACGCCAUUGGAGAGACUGAGUCCAGGGGAGGAAAAGAAGGAAUUAGAAGCGCUUGGAUUGGAGAUUGGGGAGGUGAAAAAUGGGGCUGGAGCUGUGGGUGUGACUGUGUCAAAUAAAGAUGGUGAGCAUAUCGCGCUGCCGGGGUCUGAAGUGCAUUCGGGGAGCUCGGGCGUCUUGUCAAACCUUCGGAGAAGCGUCGUUGAUGUAUCUGCGCGCACGACAAGCGGAAAUACCUUUGCGACGCUGACGUUGAGGAAUAUCGAGAGGAGUUUGAUCGUAACGGACGACGCACCAAGCGAGAAGAACCAGUGGGACCAGAUCGACGACUUUAAAUGGCUCAAAGCAGAACCCAGCCCACAUUGGAGCAUCUUACCCGAAUCGGAACGUGUAUUGCAACAAAGAUUUGGGAGGAACCAGGACGAUCCAAGCGAUAUCCUACGCGCAGCCGGGGUACCUACUUUCUCUUGA